AACGUUGGGAACGGAAGCGUGUUACUACGGUCCACCGCCGCCCUAUCAUUUAACGUUGCAGAACAAAAGCGUUAUUUUCCCGUUAGCCUUUUAAAAUAAAUACAACUUAGCACAUUGAUCGGGGUAACAAGUUUGUUUUACGUAAAAAUAAAUUUACGAGGAUCCUUGAAAGCAGCACAAGCAUUCCGCGGGAAUUUCGGUCCUACGAAUGUUUUAUUUCUUGUUUGGGUGACAGACAUUAGCUCAGAACAACAUAUCGUGAUUAAAACCAUUCAUGACAGUGGACGCCGCCGCCACAGCCAACGCAAUAAAAUGUCAAAGAAGAAAGGACUCAGCUUGGAGGAGAAGAGAACUCGCAUGAUGGAGAUUUUCUUUGAAACUAAAGAUGUGUUUCAGCUGAAGGACAUUGAGAAGAUCGCCCCGAAGACCAAGGGAAUAACUCCGAUGUCGGUGAAGGACGUUCUGCAGAGCCUGGUGGAUGACAACAUGGUGGACUGUGAGAGAGUGGGCACAUCAAACUACUACUGGGCCUUUCCCAGCAAGGCCCUGAACACCUGCAAGCACAAACUGGAGGAGCUGCAAGCCCAGAUUUCUGAAGCCAAACAGCGGAAAGUGUCUGUGCAGAAAGCUGUUGAAAAAGCGACCGUGGGACGAGAAGAUACAAAGGAGAGAGGCGCUCUGCUGGAGGAGCUGCAGGCUCUGAAGGAGGAGCGCACUCUGCUGCAGGCCGAGCUGGAGAAGCACCGAGAGUGUGACCCCGAGGUCAUCGAGGACAUGAGAAAGUCAAAUGUUGUAGCGAAAGAAGCGGUUUCCAGGUGGACAGACAACGUUUUCGCCAUCAAGUCGUGGACGAAGAAGAAGUUCUCCUUUGACGACAGCCGCAUCGAUAAAGCCUUCGGGAUCCCCGAGGAUUUCGACUACAUGGACUGAUCUUUUAUUUUUUUUACCAGAGCUCCUGGUCGCAGUAAACGGAAUAAUCCGUGUUAAAGCUUCGGUUUUGAAGCCCGUGUGCCCCGUUCCCCGCAGUCUCAGUUUCUCGUUCUCCCAUGUUUCUAUUGUGGCUGAGGCAGAUGAACUUUACCGGCCGAUGUGCUGCAACCAGAAAAGAGCAGCACGGAGCAUGCGUGGCUGUGGGGGGGGGGGGG